AUGAAGAUUACUAAUUUACAAAAUGAAAUAAAUCAUUUAGUAUUCUUAUAUUUUACAUCUAUUGGUGUAUUACAAAGAGAUUGUCAUUUAGAGACGGCACAAGAAAUACGUUUAAAUUUACAAAAAGAAAUACAAGAUUGUUUAAACAGAGUAAAUAAUAUUUUAGAAGAUGAUGAUACAAUAGAAUAUCUUAAAGAUAAUAGUGAAGAUGUUUUAAAAUACAGUAAAGAAUAUUUAGAUGAAGGAUACGAUUUUUUAGAUUAUUUAUUAGAUUUAUAA